CGGAGUGGGCGCGCAUGCGUGGGCUGUGCCGGCCGGUCAUGGCGGCGCUGAGGCAGAGCGGCUGAGGGGCGGGGGAGCGUCCCGCUGCCGUCGGAUGGCGCCGCGGAGCGCGGCCAUGGGGAGCGUGCGCUGGGCCUUCCCGUGCGCUGCCUGGCGCCCCUGCCGCGAGGAGUGGCUGCUGGCGGCGCGGCUGGUGCAGCCUGAGGAGAAGGACCGCAUCGGCCAGUUUGUGUUUGCCCGCGAUGCCAAAGCCGCCUUGGCUGGUCGCCUGCUGAUGCGGAAAUUAGUUGCAGAAAAGUUGUGCAUACCAUGGAAUGAAAUACACUUGCAAAGGACAUCGAAAGGAAAACCUUUCUUGGCAAAUAACGUAUUCAGUAUUCAUUCGAGUUACAACUUCAAUGUCUCUCAUCAAGGAGAUUAUGCAGUUCUUGCAGCUGAGCCUGAGCUUCAAGUUGGCAUUGAUAUUAUGAAGACUAGUUUACCAGGUAGUAGCUCAAUUCCAAAUUUCUUUCGCAUCAUGAAGCGGCAGUUUACUGAAACAGAGUGGGAUGUAAUCAAGUCUAUGAGUAAUGAAUGGAUGCAGCUGGAUAUGUUUCAUCGGCAUUGGGCUUUAAAGGAAAGCUUCUUAAAGGCUAUUGGAGUUGGAAUUGGCUUUAACUUGCAAAGAAUUGAAUUUAAUGUGUCCCCGUUGCAACUGGAAAUAGGGAAGGUAUAUAAGGAGACAAAAAUGCUUCUGGAUGGAGAUGAAGAAGAUUGGACAUUUGAGGAAACCCGGUUAGAUGACCAUCAUCAUGUUGCAGUGGCUCUUGGGAAACAGGAGAGAUUUGGACAGAAGCAUUCUGAUGUAUGUUCCGGGGAGCCUAACCAACCACAGUUUACAUUAUUGACUUUCGAAGAUUUAGUUGCAUCUGGUAUUCCAGUUGCACCUGAGGAUUCUGCAUAUUGGGAUAAUUUUUGUUCUAAGCAGGAGAGUCCAAUGAAACAGAAUUUACAUUUACGAUAAGAAUACUUAUAAGAAAAAAAAAAUUGUCAAAGUCUUUAUGUUGUUACUCUGUGUAAAGAGAGCGUGGGAAUAAGUCCAUGUGUGUAAAUUAGUCAUGUUUUUCCUUAUUUAAAAAGUCUGAUUUUCACCUUUUUAAAAUUGCCAUUGUUUAUUAAUAUCUUAAGGAAUAUGCUUGUUUCCUCGCUGAAGGAAUUCUGAAUGAGAAGUCUAAUCUGGCCACAUGCUUUUUUGCCUCUCCAUGUCUGUGGUUCUUACACUUCAGUAAUUACCCAUGCAAGGAACAGGGAACAGAGCUACAAUAACGUUGUUAAUUAGUCAACAACUGUUUAAUACAUAAAAAUGUGUUUCUAUACUUCAUUUAUGCUGAAGUUUAAAUUAUGAUACUGCCUUUUCUCUUACAAAAAUAGUAGUUUUAUUCUCAGAUGGGAGAAUUAAAGCCAGAAGAAUUGGUACAAAUCCUUCUGCUGUUACUAUAUGGGGCGUUUGUACAACGCUUUGUGUAGCAGCAGGCUGAAGAAGUCUGAAUCUUAGUAGUCUUGGAACUACAUCUGUGCAAAACUAGUUUGAGGCAGGGAAUUAAUGUGUAAGUAUUUCAUAUCCUUUUUACUUGCAGUCUUUAUUAUUUGAAGCUUCCUGUGUGUAACUUAGGGGUUGAUUUUUAGCUGUUCUUUUUGUAUUUUUUUGUCUCAGCAAUAUAUGUAAGCCAAACAGCAGUUCAGUUUUCAUCCACUUGCAUUUACAUCUCCACUGCCCUAGACACUAAAUCAUGUGGGGGAAACAAACAAACAAACACUGUUUACUUUUUUUCCAAAUAGUCUGGUAACAGACAUUUGAAGGCAGAAUAUUUUAUUGUCUUAUAGUAAAUUAAAAUUUCUGGAGAUCUGUAGAUCUUGAGUGUACCUUUAGAAUAUUUUGUAUUCUUUUUCAAAACAAAUCCUAUUUUGUGCCAUUACUUCUCACUUUCUUCUAGAAGUCAUUAGUACAUUAUGGUCAAUAUAAAUGUAAAGAAACAUAUUGAACCGAAUGAGUUAUACUGAAUGAAAGGAUUUUCACAACUAGAAAGAGUUCAUUUCUGUCCUACAGUUGAACAUAGAUCUUCAGUGAAUUUGGGUUUGUGUACAACUUGGCUGCCCUCUGUAUUCUGACUAAAGGAGAAUCUACUCGUAGUGUAACCAUUUAAGCUAUGCCCUCUUACAAAGAUUAAUAAAAGAUUUAAAGAGAAAAGGAUAUACAAGCUUUUGGAGUUUUGCUGUAGAUAAUUCCAAAUUCAAAUAACACAGUUAAACUUUCCUACUUCAAUGAGUUCUGAUUAAUAUUUUGUUUCUAUUUGAAUGACUCUCUCCUCUUGCAUGCUAAUCAUAGUUAUCAUCGUUUUUGGUGUUUUGCUUUUUUCCUCCAAAACUACAAAUCAGCGAAGCAGUGACUCUUCUCUCCAGACUCCACAGGGGUUAAAAUAGAUGUUCAGUAACUUCAAAUCUGAAGUUAACAGAAAUACAGAGUAAUUUCUAUACAGAUUGUAAGUCAAGUAUUCCAGACUGGUUUUUUUAAGUGAAAUAUAACUUGAUAUAAAUAAUUGGAACUCCAUGGAGGCCAGAAAAGGCUAUUCAGUGGAUAUUUAAUGGUGUCACUUACUGGGGUAGGAUAUUCUUAACUGACUCAGUUGACUCUAGUUUAUUCUGUUUUACCCAAAGUGCACUAUAGUGCCAGAUGGGCAAACACAUGAAGGUGCUUAAAAGCUGAGAUAACUAGAAGCAUUGCCAAACUGAAAGAAAGGACUCGUUCUGCCAUAGAUUUGGGAAGUCUGCAGAAUAAGGAGGCCUCUUCGGAGGAUGUGGGUCUGGAGGGUACUGAGCUCCAUGGCUGGCUGGCUGUUAACUGGUCCAGUACACGCCAGUUGUCCCCAGUCACUGAGGACGCCAUCAACUGCAGCUGUACCAGCCACUUUAAAUUGCCAACUUUUUUGCUGGGAAAAUGAAAUGAGCUGCAAAUAUGGGGUGAGAUGAAGAGGGCAUUUUCAGAUCUAGAUUUCUGGGGAUAAAGGAACUAAUUUCAUGGUAAGAUGAGUUAUUUUUGCCUGGGGACAGUGUCUCAAAACAAAUUUUUUUCUCUCAUUGGGAAGAGUUUUACAAGUAUUAAUGGAAUUAUUUAUAAUAUUUUGCUUGCAUGUACUUAGAGGAGAAAGCAAUUUUGUUAAAUUAGAAAAUUAUACUUGGUUUGCUUGCCAUGAAUAUGAUAAUUUUCAGGCGUAUAUCUAAUUAGAAAGAUUGACAAAGGAGUUUGUUUUGGUUAUCUUUCCUUGAAAUAAAAGCAUAGUUUCUAGCAGUCCAGGCAGAAUCACCUAGAAGAUGGCAGUUCCUCACAUUAUGAUUUUUUUUCAUGUCUUUGAAUUACACUGAGCUAUUUGAAAAAUAAGAUUAAUCUCUUUUUUUCGACCUUAGGUAACAAUAAGGUUAGGUGAUGGUAAUGCCUUGUGAAGAGCCACUCGAGUCAGGUUGUUUAAUGUCAGUGCAAAUGGACAGAAUUUUUACACUUGCUUUUAGCACUGUGGGAAAGAGCAGCUGUAUAGUUAUGGAAUUAUCAGCUAAAAGCAUGCUGCUAAAAGGCCAGCAAGAUACUCUUGACUCUUUAUGAAUAUGAAUGGUCCUUCUUAAAGUCGUCAGAAUAUUAUUCUAGGCAUCUGGGUUCUGUAGGCGUGUAUAUUGAAAUAAAUGUUGCUAACAUACAGAUAAAUUAAUGUAAUCUCACAGUUUUAAUAUUUUUUUUUUUUUUUUUAUUUCACCACCACACUUUCCCUUAUGUAAAAGUUGGCCAUAGAACUGGCUUCCUUUGCAAUUCCUCAGAAUACAGUAUUAAUAUCCAUAGUUUCUCGUAGAAGUACUGGUCCAGCACAGCUCCAGCUUCCCUCACGAGCUCCAGUUGUUGUCCUAGUCCGGUGAGGAUGAGCUGACCUUUGCUGGUCUCCCAUCACUCUUCUAUAUGCAAGAAAUUUCCCAGUUGCCUUUGGAUUCCUUCUUUAGAGCUCUAAUCCUUUAUCUGUUUUCUUUUCUAAAUACUGCCCUAGACGUGACUACACCACAUACUUGGAUCCUAAAAGUUAAGCAGCUGCAAAAACACCAGCUCUGCUCCACAUGAGCCUUUUUCAGCAGGGAUGUGACUGGGUAGUCUUUUUCCCUACUGAGCGGGACUGACCAGUCUCCUGGUUCCUCGAAGUGUGGAUUUGGGUCUUCAAUCAGAUCCACUGCCCUAGGCUGUGGAUCAACCCAAUGUUUCUGAGGAGUAGCUGUUAACAGUCUCUGACCUAAACAUUCUUCUAAAUGUUUUUUAAAGUUUUAGUCUUUGGUGAACAGAUUGUCAAAAGUGAAUAAAUGUGGUUUAGUUUGGACAUAUUAUCGUGUUUAAACCUUUGUGUAUCUUGUAAAAAAAUUGUUAGAGUGGAUUAGGGAUUUCAGGGGAUAAAACUGUUGGAGAUAAUUUGCGGCUGUGUGACAAGAGACUGGGGCCAUUUGCUGUCAAAAUCUGUAACUGAAAAGUGGAUCACAGGAAUUUGCUCUUUACCUUUCACAAAGACUGUAAAUCUGUACAACAAAUAUAUUAUUACUAUAUAAUGGGAUCAAAUGCACUGAUACUAGUCAAAUAUACUGAUCUUAGACAAGAAAUCAUAGAUGUAGCAGCAGAAAUAAUGUAAAUAUGCUUGUAAUUUGUAUGUUCUUGGAAACACCCUGGCAACAACUAGCCUUUAAACAACCAUCUUUACCCAAGACAUUCCAAUAAAGCCAUGAUCUGCAAGGAAAAUCAAGAUAGGAUGGAAAAGACAGCUAUACAAGUGAGCGUAGACUCUCUUUGUUGGAGUUUUACAAGAUUAUAGUGCUACAAUCUACAAAUAAGGUAAGUGGUACUUGGGCAGGAUUGACCAAGUCUAAACCAGUGAUUCAGACCUCCCUCCUUAACUGCUGCCUCAUUCAGCAAGUGGGUGGACUUGCUAAUUUUCGCUUCAUAUUCUUCUAGAAUACAGAUAUUUUGGAUUACUCUACACUGUAUAGAAAAUGUAAUCAUCAAAAUAAAUUCUAAAUUCUUCUCAAGAGAGCCAACAUUAUAAAAGUUUUUUUCAAAAAGUCACUCUUUGUAAUAUGUUAUUUUCUUGUGCUGUACAUAAAGGUUUUUUUAUCGUCAGAUACUAUGUAUGACUCGUAUUUCUGCUAAGAUUGAAUGUAAUUUCUUUAUUGAAAUAAAAAGUGAUCUAUUUUGUGUU